AUGACUGUUCGUUUUGGUAACAGGUGCUAUAAGUUUAUUGGUGAGGUGGCUACGGACCGGAAGAAUUGGGCAGAUGCCAAAGUAGCAUGCGCAGCGUUGGGAAACCAAUAUUCAUUCGCCAGUAUAACCAACCCCGUGGAACAGGCUUUUAUAACUAGUAAACUACAGGUGAAAGAGACAGAUUACUGGAUAGGACUGAGUGAUUAUUACAGAAUGCAUUUCUUUACUUGGCAAACGAACGAAGAGUUGGAAUACACCAACUGGGAUGAUAACGAGCCGGCUGCAGCCUGGAGUUUUAACAGCGAGGACUGUGUAAAAGUGAGUUCUGCUCUGAACACCCUAGGGAAGUGGGCCGACGUUAAAUGCUCCACAGUGCUGGGAUAUAUCUGCCAAACAUGGAAAGAUCCCAGUAUUUCGACCCCAUGGACCACGCCGCCAGCACCUACCUCAAGCGUAUGUAAGCCUGAUUACUAUUCUUUUGAUGGCAAGACGUGUUACAAACUCUACCUUAUGGAGAAAACGUGGCAAGAAGCCCAAGAACAGUGUGUUAAUGACGGUGCUUUCUUGCCUUAUGUGGCCGACGCGGUAAUUGAGGCAAACUUGCUCGUCGCCAUGAUGCUGACUGGAAACAGACCUAUUUGGAUUGGACUGAGAGAUAUGGGUUGGGAGUCUUACAAAUGGGUAAACGACUGGCCAAUGACGUACACUAAUUGGGAUGAAAACGAACCCAAAGUUGGAGGAGAGGUGACCUGUGUUAUUAUGAACUCGGCGGGAUCAUGGAGGAAUCUGAACUGUAUGAAGCCACAACAUUUCGUCUGUAUGACCACUACCGAAACGCCCACCUCACCAACAGAGCCGGCCCCGGGGUGGUGCCCCCCAGGGGAUGAAUGGUUGGAAUACGGCGCCUAUUGCUUCUAUCCCAACUCAGAGGCAUUUAAAAACUGGGCUGAGGCAAGCUUUGAAUGCUACAAGAAAGGUAGCCAACUUGCUUCCUUUGCCAGCCAGGAUGAAAUCGAUUUUAUUCUACGGAGCAUAAAGAACGAAUACAGACCGAAUAAUAUGUGGAUCGGACUAUUGAAAAGGAGAAACGAUACCUUCAAAUGGUUUGACGGCACAUCUCUGAGUUUCACUUAUUGGGGCGAAGGAGAGCCAAGUAACUCUGGAAACGAAGAGAAUUGCGUGGAACUUUUGGCGGACUCGGGGAAGUGGAAUGACAACCGAUGUGACAGGAGCAAGGGGUUUAUUUGUAAAAUGAACAAAAUAAUGCCGACCUCCGCAGAGGCUAGUUCACCCAGAACAAAAUCAAUGUCUCAUCUACCGCAAUCAACGCAGUCUGUUGGCACUGUGAGGCCUGCUGAGCCAGCAGAGCGAGGCUCCGCGAGAAAGAUAAAAGAUAACGCCAGUGGUGAUGUCUUAACAGGCGGUAACAUAGCUGGUCUAGUUGUCCUCUGCGUCAUCAUCGCAGCCCUUCUUGUGACCAUAGGUGGCAUAGUGCUUAAGCGACACCGUUCCUCUUUCUCUGUGGCCGACAUUACUUACGUGACACGUGACGCUGAUAAAGCCGAGGACAGAUCUAGUAGUAUUGAGAACCCGAUGUACGAUAUGUUUGAUUUCGAGGAGUCGGUGAAGUUAUAA